CAUUUUGCGCCGCCGCAGAAGAAGAGACGCGGAAGUGCCUCUGCUGCGGAAAAUGUAAACAAGUCACUCUGCUGAUCAUUUUAAAGGAGUAGUGGAAGAUGCCGUACCUGAGUGGAGAAGACACGGUGAAGGAGCUGAGGAGAGCUCUGUCCAACCCCAACGUCCAGUCUGACCCUCUGAGAUACAGGAACACCAUCACCAAAGUCAUACGGGCCAUGUCCCAGGGCGUGGAUGUGUCAGCUUUGUUUCCUGAGAUGGUGAAAGCGUGUGCCACAGUAGAUAUUGUCCAGAAGAAACUUGUCUAUGUGUUUUUGUGUUCUUAUGCAUCACUCAAUCCCGAUUUGUCGCUGCUCGUCAUAAACACACUACGAAAAGACUGUCAGGAUGCCAACCCUAUGGUCCGCAGCCUCGCCCUACGAAACAUGACCAGCCUCAGGUUGCCAGGUCUGGUGGAGUAUGUGGAGCAGCCUCUGUCCUCUGGGCUUAGGGACAGAGCAGCCUGUGUGAGGAGAGUGGCUGUGCUGGGAUGGGCUAAACUACACAACCUACAACCAGAGACAGAGACAGACGCGGUGGUGGUAAACGAGCUGUACAGUCUGUUACGUGACCCUGACCCCAUCGUCAUGGUGAACUGUCUCAGAGCUCUGGAGGAGGUGCUAAAGGAGGAGGGGGGCGUGGCCAUUAACAAGGCCAUCGCACAUCACCUGCUCAACAGGUUAAAGGAGUGUGACGUGUGGGCUCAGUGCGACAUCCUGAGGAUCCUAGAGCGAUACCGUCCGCAGACAGAGGGGGAGCUGUUUGAUAUCCUGUCUCUGCUGGACUCCUGCCUGAUCUGCGUCGCUCCGCCCGUCAUGGCUGCCACACUCCGCCUCUUCCUCUGCCUCUGCUCCUCGCUCCCUGCGGUCUGUCACUCCGCCCUGGAGCGAGCGUGUGGCCCCCUACUGACCGCCUGUGGAAGCUCCAGCCGUGAGAUGAGGUUCACCGCUCUGGCACAUAUACAGUUGCUGUUGCAGAGUGAUCCCAGCCUCUUGGGGGCGCACUACAAACGUUUCUUCUGUGGCUAUGCUGAACCUGCCUUCAUCAAACAGAGGAAGAUGCAGGUUCUGGUGGAGCUGGUGAACGAUGAAAACGUCUCAAUGCUUUUGGAGGAACUCAAAGGAUACUGCACCGACGUGAACCCGGACACCGCCCAGGCCGCCAUCUCUGCUAUAGGGCGCAUUGGAAGAAGCUACAGCGACAAAUGUUUGGAAAUCUUGACCGGACUCCUCGGACUGAAACAGGAACACAUCACCUCUGCUGUGGUCCAGACUCUUCGGGACCUGGUGUGGGCGUGUCCUCAGUGUUCAGACAUUGUGUGCAGCGCCAUUGAAGGCUGUGAGCAAACAAUACAGGACGAACAGGGGAGGCAGGCGCUGCUGUGGCUGCUGGGAGCCCAUGGGGAGCGUGUGCCCUCGGCUCCGUACGCUCUGGAGGCCUUUAUCGAUGGCGUUCGCUUUGAGCAGAGUCUGUGUGUGAAGAUGGAGCUGCUCUCGGCUGCUCUGCGCCUCUUCCUCUGUCGCCCUGCAGAGACUCAGGACAUGCUGGGGAGACUUCUGCACUUCUGUAUAGAGGAGGAGAGUGACAUGUGUGUGCGCGACCAGGCCCUGCUCUACUACCGCCUGUUGCAUUGUGGGAUGGAGGAGACACGGCAGUUCGUUGAGGUACGGAGGUCUGACCCUGGGCUCGGUGUGCUGAUCGGCCCCCCGCAGCAGAGCAUUCACAGCUGGGCUCAGAGAUUCAAUACACUGCAGCCUCUGUGUGGAGCCACAGCUACGCCUGACUCAUCCACCAGAGGGAGCCCCGAACAUGUAAACUUUGACCCCAAGACUGACCUGAGCCAGGAGCUGAAAACAUGUCAGGUGGACAGCACCCCCGCAGAUGAUGCUGCUCGGUGCUCGGGGCCUCUGGGUGCAGCCGUGUGUCUGUCUCUGUCUCCGGCCCUCAGCCCCGAGGCCUUUCAGGACCUGUGGCUUCACUUAAAAAGUUCACACACACACAAAGAUGCUCAGAACACUGACGAAGCUGACUUUUUGUGCAUGGAGCGGCUCAUUCCGUGCUCUGUGAUCCCUGUGGACUCCCCUCACAGCCUACAGGUGGCGCUGCAACUCGUCAACAUCCAAACCAUGGCGUUCACACCUGCCGGCGUCGUUCCGUGGAAAUUUUACCUGUACACUCACACGCAACCGGAAAAUUCCACGGAAACUGCUGAAGGGACUCUCAUUUUGGCAGAGCUGCUUUAUUCAAAUGAAACGUUGGAUAUCAGUCAAAUGUUACAGGAGGAUACGGGACUGUCUCUGUCCACUGAUGGGACGGAGGGUGAAAAACAUAUUCAAAUCACAAUGAGGCAGAGGCCCAGAGACGAAGACGCUCUAGCGGGGUUUCUGUCUGUUCUGUCCGCUGUACUGAACACAGUGUCUUUACAGUGUGAAAACAGUCAACAAGACAAAACAGAGCUGCCAUAGACCAGGUGAAACUGUAAAAUUAUCAGAUGCUUGUGUUUAGUCCUGGUUUAAUCCUGGUUUAGUCCCGGUUAAAUCCUGGUUUAUUCCUGGUUUAAUCCUGGUUUAGUCCUGGUUCAGUCCAGGUUUAGUCCUGGUUUAGUCCUGGUUUAGUCCUGGUUUAAUCUUGGAUUAAUCCUGGUUUAGUCCAGGUUUAGUCGUGGUUCAGUCCUGGUUUAGUCCUGGUUUAAUCCUGGAUUAAUCCUGGUUUAGUCCAGGUUCAGUCCUGGUUCAGUCCUUGUUUAAUCCUGGUUUAGUCCUGGUUUAAUCCUGGUUUAGUCCAGGUUCAGUCCUGGUUCAGUCCAGGUUUAGUCGUGGUUUAGUCCUGGUUUAAUCUUGGUUUAAUCCUGGUUUAGUCCUGGUUUAGUCCUGGUUUAGUCCUGGUUUAAUCCUGGUUUAGUCCUGGUUUAGUCCUGGUUCAGUCCUGGUUUAGUCCUAGUUUAAUCCUGGAUUAAUCCUGAUUUAGUCCAGGUUUAGUCCAGGUUUAUUCCUGGUUUAAUCCUGGUUUAGUCCUGGUUUAAUCUUGGUUUAGUCCUGGUUUAAUCUUGGUUUAGUCCUAGUUUAAUCCUGGUUUAGUCCUGGUUUAAUCCUGGUUUAGUCUUGGUUUAAUCCUGGUUUAUUCUUGGUUUAAUCUUGGUUUAAUCCUGGUUUAAUCCUGGUUUAUUCUUGGUUUAAUCCUGGUUUAAUCCUGGUUUAUUCUUGGUUUAGUCCUGGUUUAAUCCUGGUUUAAUCUUGGUUUAGUCCUGGUUUACAUACACAUUAAAUCUAAAGGCCUCAUUCUGGAUGUGUGGCGCACGAGGAGCUGAAGUGAGCAGCUACAUGAUGAUGAUGAUGAUGAUGAUGAUGAUGAUGAUGAUGAUUAAACACUUUUAAAAGAUAA